GGUUAUCGAAUAGUAUUCCAACCCAGUUCGUCUACAGUACGAUUUUUAUUUUUACUGAAUCUAAGCCAUUAUAUGUCAAAAUAUGCCUCUUCCCGCGGCUUUAGCAGCAAAGUUACAGAAGCGAGGACUACUCGCCGCAGAUGAAGCAAGAGCAGAGCACGAAGAAGAAGUCUUCGCUGAAGAUUACGACGAUCCCGAUAAUGAAGAACCAUAUAUGUAUGGCUCAAAAUUUUGCUACGAGGCUGUCGACUGUCCUAAUAAGAACAACGAUUUCCAUCAAUGUUCGUCGUAUUGCAAGAAACGUUACGGCUUGAAACGAUUUCGACCUGAACCUAUUAUGGAUAGGAGAAGAAUAAAAAUGCUUAAAAGGCACCCAAUUCCGCCUGGAUGGGUAGAAGUAGCUGAUCCUGACACGGGAAGAUACUACUAUUGGAAUACAGGAAAUGAUAAAGUUUCGUGGUUUCCACCUACGCAUCCUAAAUGUCGAAUGUCAUUUUCCAACAAGAAAGAGAUUGAUCCCAAAAAAGUUGAAUCGGAUUCUGACGAACAUCCAGAUUUUGAGGAAUUAGAAAGAGAUUUAAUGAGAGAAAAAGAAAAAGAAAAAGAAAAAAAGAAAAAGGGAAGGAGUCAUAGAAGAAGAUCAGAUUCUCCAUUAGAUCCAAUGGAUCCCGCAUCAUACUCGGAUAUACCUAAAGGAAAAUGGAGUGAUGGUUUAGAAGUCGGUAGUCAAAAAACAGGAGCCGAUAGUAGCGUUACAGGUACUAAUUUUCAACAAAGACCUUAUCCAAAUCCUGGAGAAGUUUUGAAAAUGAACGACGAACAUUCAGAUUAG